GGACGCAGAGCAUGGCAACGCGGAACCCUUGCUGGCCUAUGUGUCGAAGAUGGAGUCGUUUGACUGGGACGUCUUGCCCCAGAACCAGGCCAAAUCACUCACUCAGGAACAGAUGGCCAGUAAACGGGCUCAACUUAUUGAGAAGAUGAAGCUGGCCGAUGCCGAGCACGUGCCAG